GCGUAGUUGUGAAGUCAAUGUUCAUGUGAGUGGUGGAUAGUCUUGGACGUUCAGAGGAAGUUGCGACCAAGAGCUCGUGUUAUGUUAAUAUUAAUUAUUAUUGUGAAUAUUCAAUACACCUCAAAAUGAAUGGCAAAUAUUUUAGAACUGUGUCGAAGUGUCGGCUAGACACACGCAGUGGGCCACGCGCCUCGAUUAAAAUAGCGACGAAAAGUAAAAAUAAUUCGCGCUUCGUGAUGGAGAGCUGCAGUCUGCGAGGCCGCCAGUAGUCGGUGGUCGAGUGGCCAAGUCGGCACGUCCCGCGGAGUACAGUUUGCGUGGAGCCGCGCACUUGUGCUGAGUGUUGUUUGUACACAGAUACCAACAACAGUGUGUUGGCGAUGGUGCCGGCGGUUUUGUGGUUGUGUACAGCGCUAGUGGUGGCGGCGCAGCAGGACCCGCUGAUAGGCGUGGUGGAGACGCGGCCGGAACUGGCGGCGCAGUUAGCCGCCGCCGUGGACGUGGCGUUGCGGCAUGCCGUUAUCGAUGGCGGCGAGGGUGAUGGCGGAGGUGACGGAGGGGGUGACGAUGGAGGUGACGGGGUGCCGCCUCCCACAGCAGUGGCGCCAGUCGAACCCAACGAGCCACUAGCUUUGCCCGCACACGUCUGCCUGCUGGCCAACGAAGGUGUGUCGGCGGUUGUUAGCGGCGGGGGCGAUGGCUCGGCGGCUGCGGCACGCUCCGGCCUGCUGCUGCUGACCGUGGAGCAGCAGAAGCGCACCGGCAAUGAUCCCGCGCUGCUGCACCUCUACCCGCACCCCGACGUCCUCGCUGAGGCGUGCGCCGACCUGUGCGAGGCCAAGGGCUGGCUGGAGGCGGUGGUGCUGCACGAGGGUAGUGGCCGUGCGCUCCCCCCGCUGCUGCGGGCGCCCCUCUCCGCAGCCACGUCCUCCCCGGCCUCUCCCACGCGCUCCGCCAUCGAGCCGGAGCGCGUAGUAUUGCGCGCGCGACAGCUACCGCCGCUGCACGACGACGAUGCGCUCAGGAACCUGCUGCUGGUCCUCAAGAAGUGGGGCGCGAGCAAGUUCAUCGUGUGGUGCGGCAGCGCGUGUGGCGCACGAGUGCUGGACGCGGCACAGCGCGUAGGACUCCUGGGCGAGCGGCACUCCUACCUGCUGCCAGCGCUCGACCUACACACGCUGCCUCUGGCCGCCUUCAGCCACGGCGGCGCUAACAUCACAGUGCUGCAGCUGUUCGACCCCGAGUGGCCCUUGGUGCGACGCGUGAUGGCGGCGUGGCGACGGGAGUACGAGCGCCGGCUGGAGGGCGCCGCCGACUCUGUGGUGCUCGACCAGCUGGUUGCCCAGCCACCGUCGGCGCUGCUGUUGGCAUACGACGCGGCGCGCCUGGUGACGGAGAGUGCGGCGCGACUUGCCCUGCCGCAGCCGGGGGGCACGGGGGCUGAGCCGCCGUCGUGUGCGACGGGCGCCGCUGCCUUCCACGCGGACACACUUCUCAACUACAUACGAUCCAUGGAGUGGGGCGUGGCGAGCAGCGCGGGAGUGCUGGCGUGGGGUGCAGGGGGCGAUCGGCGCGACGCAGCGCUGCGCGUAGCCGAGCUGCAAUCAGGCGGCGCGCUGCGCACGGCUGCGGCGUGGAGUGCCCGCGACCGGCUGGCGUGGCUGCCGCGCGACCCGGCACCGCCGCCGCGCAGCGACCUGAUGACCAACCGCACCUUCGUCGUGCUCAUCGCCGAAAACAAGCCGUAUGUGAUGAGACAGCAGUCUGUGGAACGGCUCUCCGGGAACAGUCGAUAUGAAGGUUUCUGCAUCGAGCUGAUCGAUCGGUUGGCGACUCUGCUGAACUUCAACUACACGUUUGUUGAACAGCCUGAUGGCAAGUACGGCUCGCGCAACAAGACCACGGGGCUAUGGGACGGCAUGUUGCGGCGCCUCAUCGACGACCCGAGUGUACACUUCGCGGUCACCGACCUGACCAUCACGGCGGAGCGCGAGGAGGCCGUGGACUUCACCACGCCCUUCAUGAACCUGGGCAUCAGCAUUCUCUUCCGCAAGCCCAAGCCACCGGAGCCCAAGCUGUUCGCCUUCCUGCUGCCGUUCUCUCACGGGGUGUGGCUGUGCCUGGGACUGGCAUACGUAGGCACUUCGUUAGUGCUGUACGUAGUGGGGCGGCUCUGUCCCGAGGAGUGGCAGAACCCGUACCCCUGCAUAGAGGAGCCCGACGCGCUGGAGAACCAGUUCACUAUCGCGAAUGCACUCUGGUUCAAUCUGGGUGCUGUUCUACUUCAGGGAUCCGAGAUAGCCCCUGUGGCGUACGGGACACGAGCCGUGGCCAGCGCAUGGUGGAUGUUCGCUCUCGUGAUGACCAGCUCAUACACUGCCAACCUGGCCACACUCCUGGCUACCAAGACCUCCACAGAGCUGAUCCACAACGUGCGCGACUUGGUGGACAACCCGCACGGCAUCACCUACGGAGCCAAGGCGGGCGGCUCCACCUUCACCUUCUUUGAGCUGUCUAACAACGAGCUGUACAGGCGGAUGUUCACCGAGAUGACGAAGCAGGAGAUGCCUCUCUCCAAUGAAGAAGGCAUUCAGAAGGUGAUGAAGGAGCAGUACGCGUUCCUUGCGGAGUCCACCACCAUCGAGUACACCAUCGAACGGAACUGCGAAGUGACAAUGGUGGGCGAGCAGCUUGACAGCAAGGGCUACGGGAUAGCUAUGAAGAAAAAUUCUGAGUAUCGUCACUCGCUCAACCUGGCUUUGCUGAAUCUUCAAGAGUCUGGCAUCCUGCGGGAGAUGAAGCACCGUUGGUGGAAGGAGAAGCACGGCGGGGGCGCCUGCCAGCCAGACGAGGACCCGGCCAGCGAGCUGCGCACCGCCAACUUCCUCGGGCUGUUUCUGGUGCUGGUGGUGGGGUGCGCGCUGGGCCUGGCUGUCUCGUGCUGCGACCUGGCGUGGCGCGCGUGGCGACACCCUCGAGACCCCACGCGCUCCUUCACCGCCAGCUUCCUGUCCGAGCUGCGCUUCGUGUUCCGCUUCGAGCACUCCGAGAAGCCGCUGCGGGGCGCACUCACGCCGCCCGCUGCCCCCUCCCCCUCGACCCCGCCAACGUCGUCCCCCGCGUCCGCUCCCGCCUCGCCCUCCCCCUCGCCCCGCUCCCGCUCGCACUCCCCCUCGCCCCGCUCCCGCUCGCCCGGCCCCCGGCGUCGCUCGGGCGCGCGCCGCUGUUCCAUGCACACUGCGAGCGUGCGUCUGGCGCGCCAUACCACGCCGCGCCGCGCCGACUAAAGGUCUCUGCCCACUACACCGUAUCAUACCAUGACCGUGCUAGGAGCGUAUCAGGCACGACAAGUAACACGAUACGCUCUACUAUGCCCACUGAACGGAUUGGCACGCGACGGUGUUGGUCGGUGAUGGAACGGUCUAGUGGGAAGAGUGUCAUACUUUUCAAUACAAAUUAUAUUUAUUUGCCUGAUACGCUACUAGCACG